UUAAAAAGUUGCUAAUAGAGCUUGCAUCUGUAGCGCCCUCUGUUACAAUAUGACUUCGAAAAUCUACAAGGUUUCGUGCCAUAAAUGCGAAACCGUUUCAACACAAGCUUCGCUCUAAAACAGCACCUAGUUAAGUCGCAUUCAAUUAGAACUUUACCGGAGAGAAUAAGCUUUGUGAGUGAAGGAAUCGAAGCGCCACUUCCAAAACCACAAAGAUUAAGCAAGAGGGCCGGACCGUAUCACGCUUAUAAAACAUGGAGAGAAAGUAUGCUGAAAGGGAUCAACGAUGCCCACCACCCAAGAACGCGAGCAAAAUGGCCUAAACAGGAAUUGAAUUUCGUUCCAGCUGAGUUCUUCAGACAGUUUCUAGCCGAUCUGGGCAAGCCAACAGUGUACUCCGUCAAAGACACCAGUCACUGGAGAACUCCUAUAUUCCAUACAAGUACGAGACGGAUUUCUUUCAAGAUUUUUGAAAUGAAAGCAAUUCGAUCUGCGUUAGUGGAAAUACAGAAAGCACAGGCCUGGUGCGUUAACAGAGCCAUAAACGAUGAUGAUGAAAAUGAGUUGGACGACAUCAAAACGGCCGAGGACGCCAUUCAUGCAGCUAUUAAACGUGCCAGAAUGACCAGAAAGCGUAUAUCGUCAUUCGUGCAGAAGCCUGUUACACGUCAGUUGCAAGAGUCGGCCGUCACGAGAGUUCGAAGUGGUCUAGUGGCCGGACGUGUAUGAGAGCAGUGGCUACGGCAAAAUGUCAUUGCGGUAUUACGUUGGGAAAGUAUUUCACUAGGGAACCACUAAACUGGGAAUCCCCUCUGAAAAUUUCGUUAUGUUAUCUUUACAUGCUCAACCACAACUUCGGCAUAAAGUUGAUUUCACACGGAACGACUUAUUCGUGUCACUUAUUAGCGCGGACAAUUCUUAACAAGGACACUGCGGGCAAGUUUUCUCAGCAUGCUGCCACAACAAAAAUAAUGAGUGCAAGUGGUCGUCAAAAAUUAUAUGGUGUAACAUCACUUUAAGCUGUUAGAAUAUUUUCCAUUGCAAUAUUUCAUUUU